UGAAAUAUCACAAUUGCAAGAAACUACAGAAGAAUGCAGGAAACUGCAAAAAGAAUGGCAGAGAACUACAUCUUGAAGCCGUAUAAACUUAUACGGGGAAACUCAUGAAGAAAAAUGCAUGUGAACACGUUAAGAAGAUUAUCUCCUGCUAUUUUCGCUUUGAUGAAUUUCAGAAUGAUUUACUUAUAACCUGCAUUUUUCAUUAAAUUCUGAAACCAAAUUAUCUUGGUAAACAAAUUUUACAGUAACCCCGUAAAGGUGUUGGGGCAAGUAUAGUCUUAAAGACAAGAGUGACGAGUCGAGUCCUUCCAGUAUUUGAAACACACCUUAAUAUUUAUUUGUCCAACAACCAAAGGGUUCCUCUUCUUCUUCUUCUCCUCCUCAUUAUUAUUAUUUUGGUAGGUAAUCGAGAAGAGAAAAUGGCAAAUAAUAAAAAUGAAAUUCUACUCCUUAGGCAAGGGUAUCUUUGUAAAGUACAAAGACGCGAAAAGAAGGUAGCCUGAUUUCAAAGUCAUAUUGCAAACUAACUUCACUUCUCUCUUCUUGUGACACUAAAGAAAUGCAAGGGUGGCGCUAGCUAAAUCAACAACUGCAGCUCCUGCGAUUUUUCUGUUAUCCUUCUCUCUCUGUCUUCGAGGAAGAACAAUGGAAGAUAAGCCGAAAGCUGUAGAGGCGACGAGCGAGAAAAUUGAUGCACUGAGCAUAGAAUCAGGGCGGCAAGAGGCAGAGCAUGUGAUUGUCUCAGCCCAUGUAGUUGACAAAGACUCAUGGCAACAAGUUGGAUUACUGAUGGUCACUGGUUUUAACUGUGCAUAUGUGCUCAGCUUCUCAAAUCUGAUGUUGGCGCCAUUAGGCUGGGCCUGGGGCCUCACUGGGCUUGCAGUUGUGGGGGCCUUCGCCUUCUAUGCAAAGUGGCUCUUGGCUGAAUUCCAGGUCAUCGAUGGCAACAGAUUAAUCAGAUAUAGAGAUAUCAUGGGCUACGUAUUUGGUAAGAAACUGUAUUACAUCACAUGGAUCUUGCAAUUUGUGACUUUUCUCCACGUUAACAUGGGCUUUGUCCUUCUUGGAGGAAGAGCAUUGAAGGAGAUCAACUCAGAGUUCAGUAGCACACCUGUUAGGCUUCAAGUGUUCAUCACUAUUACUGGUGGCGCCUAUUUCAUCUUUGCAAAUCUAGUUCCUACCAUGUCCGCCAUGAGAAACUGGUUACCAACCUCCGCAAUCCUAAUAAUAAUCUUCGAUGUCAUUCUCUUGGCAAUCUUAGUUCAAGAUGGACGUGCAAACAAAAACAAGGAUUACAAUAUUAGUGGAACUAAAGCGGAUAAAUUCUUCAAUGCAUUUGGUGCAAUUGCUGCUAUCCUUGUCUGUAACACCUCCGGUUUACUACCAGAGAUACAGUCAACUCUUCGCAAGCCAGCAGUUAGCAACAUGAGGAAAGCUUUGUCGGUACAGUUUACAUUUGGUCUUGCAAUAUACUAUGGUGUAAGCAUACUUGGCUACUGGGCGUAUGGUUCAUUAGUUUCAAACUAUCUGCCGAAAGAAUUAAGUGGACCUAAAUGGGCAAAAGUUCUGAUAAAUUCUGCAGCUUUUCUGCAAAGCAUAAUCUCUCAGCACAUGUUUAUUCAACCGAUAUAUGAGGGUCUGGACACAAAGUUCUUAAGUCUGGAGAAGAGCACAUUCUCAAGAGCGAACCUUGUACGCCGGUUUCUUUUAAGAGCACUAGUUCUGGGAAUGAAUACAUUUAUUGCAGCACUGUUUCCUUACAUGGGAGAUUUUGUAAACCUUUUCCGGUCUUUUAGUCUCUUUCCGCUCACCUUUGUUUUCCCCAGCAUGAUUUGGAUCAAGGUCAAAGGAAAAUCUGCUAGCAGAGGCGAAAAGGCAUGGCACUGCGCCAUCAUUGUUAUCUCCUCUCUACUAUCAGUAAUAACUACUGCUGCUGCUACGAGAUUGAUAAUCAAUAAUGCUCGAAAGUACAGGCUUUUUGCAGAUACAUAAUGCUUCAAGUUCUCAUAAAGAUGUUAACCAGAUGGUUUAAAGAUUUCACAGUAAAUACGAAGUCUUUUUUGGUUACGAAUGUUUCAAGUUCCAGAUAAAGUAGAUGGUAAAACACCAUAACAA